AUGGCUGCUCCUCCAGACUUCCCGGACCAUAGCGCUUCUGUACCCGGCUUCAAGAGUCUGCGCGCGGACAGAGACAAACUCCUCAGCGGGCCAACUCCAGUUCUCUUCCACAUCCAGUGCUCUGCCACCACCAGGGCUCUGCCACCAUCAGGGCUCUGCCACCACCAGGGCUCUGCCACCACCAGGGCUCUGCCACCACCAGGGCUCUGCCACCACCAGGGCUCUGCCACCACCAGGGCUCUGCCACCACCAGGGCUCUGCCACCACCAGGGCUCUGCCACCAUCAGGGCUCUGCACUAUCAGGGCUCUGCCACCACUCGAGCUCGGCCACCUCAAGGGCCAACUAAGAGGAGGAGGGAGAGAGGAAACAUCCAUGACUGCAUCUUUUAA